GAUAGUAGCUUUGGAAAACUGUUUGGAAACUGCUCCGCUCCGCUCAGCUCAGCUCUCCAGUGUGUCCCGUUAUCGAAGUUGUGCCGCUGCCGCCGCCGCCGCCGCUGCCGUAGUCCAGUUUUUCUUCUGUUUUCCAAGCUCUCUGGCCGCGCUGCUCUCGCAACGCACCCACACACAGACAAAAAGCGGCCACAGCACAGCUGAGCGAGCGAAAGAGCAAACGCAGCAGAGACAGAGAGAGUGAUAGAGAGAGAGGGAACGGGAACUUAAAGCUCUGCUUUUUCCAUACGAAACCGCAGUCGAAACGCGGCCGCCAAAAACAGCACAUCGGACCAAGAGCGAGAGCGAAGAGGCAGAAAGAGGCGAAACGGCCAGGCAGUAAGAACACUUCUACAAGAAACGCAGCCAUCAGCACUUGAAACUCCGCCAUAUGUAGCCAAGCAGAAGCAAAGAUAAAAACGCCUAGGAAAUCGAAAACGAAAUCUCUGUCCAACCAACAACAACAACAACCAGAACGUCUUGAAUUAAAUCAAAACCAUGUGCUGUGCUUAAAUUUAUUAAGAAAACCAGACAGAGCGAGAUAGAAGAAAGGAAAAGGAAGCUAAACCAGCGAGAGAGCGAUAGAGAGAGAGAGAGAGCUGAACGGGGCGGCGAAUUGCGUUGAUUUUUUAGCAUGUAUUGAAUUGAAACGUUUAACUAGAAUAACAAAUUUAGUUGUUGAUACUUUUCCAAUUGUUUGUUAAAACGCUGUCGCUGGAAAAUCGAACUCUCCACCCACACACACACACCGCAAACCACAAAAAACACCCAACACCCGCGAAAUAAAAUCAAAUUCUUGUGAUUAAAGUGCAUUUCUAUACGUACGUUAAAUACAACUAUCCACACUCACGCAAUAAACACACACGCAUACAUAUAUAACGCAACGAAAGUCGGUCGAGAUCGAAAAUCUAUAUAUCGCAAUCCAUAUAUCGGUGGAAGCAGCAGCAGGCGGCAGACUUUUAUUCGAAAACCCAACACUCGGCUGAAAACACACAAAACAGCAGUUUCAACGGCGACUCUAUGAAGAUGGAAGUGCUCUCAGUACAAAAUCACAUUCAGGGAAAAUUCGGUGUUAAUAAAAUUAAAGACUGGCAAGCUGCGACAGCACCGCUGGAGGAGGAGGAGGAGCUGACCGCGGGCGUGAACGGGAGCGCAGCCGCCGGCGAGGGCAUUCUGGACGUCGACGUGGUGGAUGGUCAUCCGGCAUCCGUGCUGCACAUGCGACAGCACCAGGCGCUCAACACCCGCCCACCGGCCACGCCCCCGUCGGCAGGGGGCGGUGGUCCUUUGGCGGGAGGAGGAGGAGUAGUAGGUGGCGGAAUGACCACUCCCAAGCAGGCCACCUCGCCAGUGGCUGCGGCCAGUUUCGAAGUGCCCGUUAGCGGAGGCAGUGCGGCCGCCUAUCACCACGCCUACAUGACCAACGUGCUGGCCAGCACCGCCCAGCAGCACUACCACCACCCACUGCCCGCCUCGCCGCUGCAGUCGACUGCCGGCGCUCGCUUUGGGGCCGCCGACAAUCUGGACGAUGUGAGCGCCAGCGCGGUGCGGGAGCUGUCGCAGCAGCUGCAGGCCCAGCUGAGGGACGCCAAGCGGCGCCACCUCUCCUGCACCGAGGUCACGCUGCCCAACGACCUCACGCAGCGCAUCGCAGCCGAAAUCAUCCGGAUGUCGGAGCGGGAACCGUGCGGCGAGCGGGCCUGCACACUCUUCAUCGAGUUCGAGAGCGAGCCCAACAACGUCAGGCGCAUUGCAUCCUUCAAGGUGGACCCGGAUACGGUGUCGAUAUUCGAGUUGUACCUGACCUUGAGGCAGGACAAGAGCGGUUGGACCUCCCUGCUGCCGCAGUUUAUAAAAAACCUCACCCGUAGCAAUACCAUCAACAUCAGUCCCGACUUCACGCUGACCAAGAACAAGCUCUACUCAUCCGAGUGAGUCGCUCGACGGAGGAGCGGCAUGGAGCAUGGCGAACCGGCAUCGCUGGGCUGCUCGAAACUCAAUCCCUCCGAACAACAGCAACAGAUAAAACAGCAGCAGAUAGAACAGCAGCAGCCAUCGCAAUAGCAACAUCUGUCGGUCGUGCUUCCUCCGUCGCGAUAGCCCAGAUUCAUGAUCUCCAUUAUGGAAUACAGAGAGAUACAGAGAUGAUGUUUAACCGUAGAGGCAAACUUUUGGACCACAAACUAUCAACUUACUCCUGCAAAUAACAAAUCAACUCAACGCUAAUGCAAAACACAAUUAUUUUGGAACCUAAGCUCUAAAAACAAAACCAAAAAACCAAAACGAAAACAAAAACAAAUCAACUGCAGUUGCAGGCAACUCAAAACUCUUAUUGGACUGACUUUUUGGCUUAAACAAAAAAGGUACUUUUUGAAAAACGAAAAAAAUCGCAACAAAAAAAGAAGUAUUGAAAACGAGGAGAACAGAAAACCAUAAGGAAUAUUCAAAAUAUUGUAAAACGUUAAGGCAGACAAGCAGAAGAAAACUUCACUCAGUGAACGGUUGUCGGUGAUCCGUUUUAAAUUGAAUACAAAAGGCAAAACCCCCGGACGGAAGUGUAGAGUAUUAACCCCAUUUGUAUGUAUGGAUGUGUGUACACCAAUCACCUUGUAUCAUCAUCAUAAUCCAGGAAUCAAAUGUAGCUCAUGUAUUAUGUAUAAUGCAUGUCUUUUGUCACGAUUCAAUUAGGCUAUUACUUCUAACACAUGCAUACAUACAUCUAAAUACUGUAUUGAGAAAAAGGAAACCCACAAAUUUCUAUAUAUAUAUGAGAGCAAACAAUAAGAAUCGGAAUCGAUCAACCGAAGCAGAAAGAGGAAAGUUAAUAAUAACAAAUAUAAAAACAAAGUUGAUGUGAUAUUAUAUAAUAAUUGUGAAUAUUGAUAAACGCAUACACACUCACGAACACACUCACAUACAUAAAGAAAUCAAACGCAAACAUUUUGCAAUAGAUUGGAAAUUAUUUCGAAAUUUGGUUCGAUCCCGACACCCGUCAAGUCGGCUCCCAGUUAUCUUACAAAAACAGAAAAACAAAUUUAAUGUUAGUGAAAUAGAUUCAAGAAAUUCUCAAAAUAUUUCCACCUAUGUAUGAUUAAGCUCUGUAUUAUUAUUUUAAUUAAUUAUUAUUUUCUUGUUUUUGUGCAUAGUUCCAAACUUUGCGAAGAAAGUGUAGCCGAGUGGCUGAAUAUACAAUAUACAUAUAUAGAUAUAUAUGAAAAAUAUUUCUAAUAUUCGAUGUGUUUCUAAUGUAAGAUUUUAAUAUUAAACAAGAAAAUCGAAAUCAACCAACAAGCAAAACUAAACUAAAAUCCAGCAGAAGAUUUCAUUCAAUGUGCGUAGCUGUGUGUUUAUCUGUAGUUUAGUUAACAAAAAACAAAUGCAACAAACAUCCAACAAUAACAACCACACGAUAUGACAAACAAACAAAAUUUGAUAAGAGAAAAGCGAUUAAUAUAUCGAGAGAAAUCGGUUAAGUAUUCAACUAAUGGAUACAUUUUGGCUAGUUAGUUGGCAAACAAAUUGUUUUGAUUAACGAAUGCAGUGAAAUUAUUUAUAGAAAAAGCAAAAAAUUUAUGAAAAAAAUGGGUAACUAUUGUGAAGAGGCAGAAGCAAAAACUUUCGGAAAAUAUAAAGUCAUCUGUGUUAAUAAAUUUUAAAAUAAUUUUUAGCGUAGAAUAACAAAACAAAGAAGUGAAAUCGCAAAGGCAAAAUUAAUUAAAUCUGUUGUAGGCGACAGACCUCUAAAGCUCUCACAAAGCCACAAAAAAAGAACCGAUCCCAAGUAUUUGACAGGUUAAUUGUAGUUUUUACUCGUGCAUAACACACACCCUCAAACAAACACACGCAAUGGCAAACAAGAAUUUAUUUAUAGAACCAAGAAAUACAAAAAACAUUUGCAAUAAUUUAUAUUAAACUAACGAAAAACUUUUUUCCAUCAAUAAUCAAUCCCACAAAGAUCUCGACUAAUAAGAUGAAGAACUCAUUAUAUGAUUAAGGAAAGAGCAAAUGAAAAAUUACACACGAAAAGUACAGCUUAGGUAUUUAAAACUUGCUUUAAACUUAUUUAGGUUAACCCAGGUGUAAAAUGCCAAGGCCCUCUAAUGCAUAAUAAAUGUUUUAGCCAUCUCAACUCAAGUAUCGACGUUUUCAGCUCCAUUCGAUCAUUAAACACAAUCACACACAUAAGGAUAUGCAUAUACUAAGGAUAUGUAGUGUAUGUAAAUAGGGCCACCGUAGCAGCAAUAAAUGAGAAGAAAUUAAAACUCUAUAUAUACUGUAUUAACUAAUUAAAUGUGAACAUAAAUAAAGCAAGUGAAGAAAUAGAAC